AUGACGAUAAGCAUUUUCGAUCAUGAAGUCCCCGACGAUACUCACGACUACUACGACGUCGAAUUCUUCGAAGACUCCAUUUUAACCCUAGUCACAGACACACCAUCCUUCGUCGACAUGUGGAUCUCCGACAUCGAACGCAUCCACCACCGCCGUCUCCACCGCCUCGUCGUCGGCCUGGACGUUGAAUGGCGUCCUAGCUACAGCCGCUACGAAAACCCCGUGGCCACUCUCCAACUCUGCGUCGGUCGCCGCUGCCUGAUUUUUCAAAUCCUCCGGGCUCCUGCAAUCCCUUGGUCACUCAAAAACUUCCUUCGCAAUCCCUCCUACACCUUCUCCGGCGUCGGAAUUAAGAGCGACGUGGAGAAGCUUGAAGCGCGUUACAACCUGGAGGUUUCGAAUACGGCCGAUUUAAGGUUUAUGGCUGCUGAGGAGUUCAAUCAGGGGGAACUUAGGAAUGCAGGGUUGAAGGGAUUGUCGAAAAGGGUGCUUGGGAAGGAGUUGAACAAACCGAAGGCUGUUACGAUGAGCAGUUGGGAUGAUCAAUGGCUGAGUCCGGCGCAGGUGCAGUAUGCUUGCAUCGAUGCUUUCUUGAGUUUUGAGAUUGGGAGGAUCUUGAUUACCGGCGAUUUCGACUGA